AUGCUUUGCUCCACGGGCCGCCUCUUAGCGGUCAAGGCGACCACGCUGCCCGCCCAGCCCUCAGCUCCGGGCUCCGCGCUUCGCUGGCGGUGGAAGGAACUACACUUCCCGGGCCACCCCGCGCUGCCCCUUUGUGACUUCUUGGCGGGGCAGCGGACAAGACCAAGUGUGCCACCGGGCCGGAGGGUUGUCCUGAGGAGGGGAAGGAUGCCGCCCGUAAUGGGCGGAGGUCUGUCAGGGUCCGAGCUGCGCGCCCGACGGGGCCGCUGUAGGUCCCAGGCCAUUAGGACCGUGGGCCCGGACGUGGCGGCUGAGGAUGCAGCGCCAAGCUCCAAAGGGCCUGCUCAGGGCUCGCGGCGCCUCGAGGCAGCCGGCGGGUGGGCCCUGCUGGUCCUGGUGACGCUGCUAUCCUUUGCCACCCGCUUCCACCGACUGGAAGAGCCGCCGCACAUCUGUUGGGAUGAGACUCACUUCGGGAAGAUGGGAAGUUACUACAUCAACCGUACCUUUUUCUUUGACGUGCACCCGCCUCUGGGAAAGAUGCUGAUAGGUCUUGCUGGCUACCUGAGUGGAUAUGAUGGUACUUUUUUAUUCCAGAAGCCUGGGGACAAGUAUGAGCAUCAUCACUACCUGGGAAUGAGAGGAUUCUGUGCAUUCCUGGGUUCCUGUCUGAUUCCCUUUGCCUACCUCAUAGUUCUGGAGCUGUCCAGGUCUCUCCCAGCUGCACUACUCACAGCUGCCCUCCUCAUCUGUGACACGGGAUGCCUCACUCUGUCUCAGUACAUCCUCCUUGACCCCAUCCUGAUGUUCUUCAUCAUGGCUGCCAUGCUGAGCAUGGUCAAGUACAACUCCUGUGCGGACAGGCCCUUCUCUGUCCCCUGGUGGCUCUGGCUGAGCCUGACUGGUGUGAGUCUCGCUGGCGCUCUUGGGGUCAAGUUUGUUGGCCUCUUUAUCAUUCUGCAAGUGGGCCUGAACACCAUUUCAGACCUUUGGCACCUGUUUGGAGACCUCAGUCUUUCACUGGUGACUGUGGGGAAACACCUGCUUGCUCGCAUCCUGUGCCUCAUAGUGCUGCCCCUGGCUCUCUACACGGCCGUGUUUGCUGUUCACUUCAUGGUGCUGAGUAAAAGUGGUCCUGGCGACGGCUUCUUCAGUUCUGCCUUCCAGGCCCGCCUUUCAGGGAACAACCUGCACAAUGCCUCCAUCCCUGAACACCUGGCCUAUGGCUCUGUGAUCACUGUGAAGAACCUGCGCAUGGCCAGCGGCUAUCUCCAUUCCCACAGGCACCUCUACCCCGAGGGUGUUGGCGCACGGCAGCAGCAGGUCACCACCUAUUUGCACAAGGACUACAACAACCUGUGGAUUAUCAAGAAACAUAAUACAAACUCAGAUCCGCUAGAUCCUUCAUUUCCAGUGGAGUUUGUGAGACAUGGAGACAUCAUUCGACUAGAACACAAAGAAACUUCUCGGAAUUUACAUAGUCACUACCAUGAGGCACCAAUGACCCGGAAGCACUAUCAGGUCACUGGCUAUGGCAUAAAUGGGACAGGGGACUCCAAUGACUUCUGGCGGAUUGAGGUUGUAAACAGAAAACUUGGAAACCGGAUCAAAGUGCUGAGAAGUCGGAUUCGCUUCAUCCAUAUGGCCACAGGUUGUGUCCUGGGCUCCUCAGGAAAGGUCUUGCCCAAGUGGGGCUGGGAGCAGCUGGAAGUUACUUGCACCCCGUACCUGAAGGAGACCCUCAACUCCAUCUGGAACGUGGAGGACCAUUUUAAUCCCAGAUUGCCGAACAUCAGUCUGGACGUGCUGAAGCCCAGUUUUCCAGAGAUCUUGCUGGAGUCGCACAUGGUCAUGCUCCGGGGGAACAGUGGUCUCAAACCCAAAGAUAAUGACUUCACAUCCAAACCUUGGCAUUGGCCUAUCAACUACCAGGGCCUGCGCUUCUCAGGUAUCAAUGACACGGACUUCCGAGUCUAUCUGCUCGGCAACCCGGUGGUUUGGUGGCUGAAUCUGUUGAGCAUCGUCCUCUACUUCCUCGCAGGAAGCGUCGCUGCUGUGGCUGUGCAAAGAGGGGUCCAGCUGCCAGCCAAAGUGGAAGGGCUGUCCCAGGUCCUGCUGCAAGGCGGCGGUCAGGUCCUGCUGGGCUGGGCGCUCCAUUACUUCCCGUUCUUCCUGAUGGGCCGGAUCCUCUACUUCCACCACUACUUCCCGGCCAUGCUCUUCUCCAGCAUGUUGACAGGGAUUCUGUGGGACACACUCCUGCGGCUCUGUGCCUGGCGCCUGGCCUCCUCCUCCCUGGCCAGGGGCAUCCAUGUGGGGGGCAUCCUGAGCCUGCUCCUGGCAACUGCCUACAGCUUCUACCUCUUCCACCCUCUGGCCUACGGGAUGAUUGGUCCCCUCGCGCAGAACCCCCUCAGUCCAAUGGCAGGACUGAGGUGGCUGGAAUCCUGGGACUUCUGA